CAUUAUGUAUCGCAUUUCAUCUCGUAUUAUCAGCGCCGUCCCUCAGUUUAGCAGUGUCACAUUUUUCUAGCGUUCAGAAUGGCAGGGAUUUCUCUAAUUAUCGUCAUGUUGUGGUUUUUCAUCACCGUUAUCGUUCAAGGAGCAGAUUUCGACCAAUAUGAGAGAAAGACACGCCGUUCCCGCAGAUCCCCUGUUACUAACGAGGAUUUGGAGAUCAAACUCGACUCCAUCAUGUCAAUGCUGGGAAAGUUAAAUGACAAAAUUGAUUCACAGGAGCGGCGCAUUUCGGUUUUAAGCCGACAAGUCAGCAAUGUAAACUGUGACGGAGAAUCAAGACAAGUUCCUCGUGAUUGUGCUGAUGUUUACAAGUCCGGUAAUCACAAGAACGGUAUAUACACCAUCAACCCUGAUGGUGAGGGUACCAUGGAAGUAUUUUGUGACCAGACCACCGACGGCGGUGGCUGGACGGUAUUUCAAAAGAGACUGGACGGCACGGUUAACUUUUUCCGUGAAUGGAAUGAGUACAAAGAGGGGUUUGGCACUGCUGGAGGCGAAUAUUGGCUAGGACUGGAAAAUAUACACCGACUGACCCAUCACGGAAGAAUGAUACUACGCGUGGAUUUAACUGGAAAGCAGCUUCAGUCUGCGCAUGCUCUGUACAGGGAUUUUGUUGUCUCCGAUGAAAAGCUGAAUUAUACUUUGGGGCUGGGUUCAUAUACAGGAACUGCAGGUGAUUCUCUGUCUUGGCACAACGGAAUGCAAUUCACGACACGCGACAGGGAUAACGACAGGUCCACGGAAGGGAACUGUGCACGGUUCUACAUGGGAGCAUGGUGGUACAACGCCUGCUUGUUGUCGAAUUUGAACGGCGUUUACUUUCACACACCACAGACAUCGUAUGCCAACGGAGUGAAUUGGAAGACCUGGGGUGGACUUCUCUAUUCUGCGUCUCGAGCGGAAAUGAAACUACGACCAGUGGGAUUCAACGGCAGGCAAUGAUGAUGGUCACGUGCAUAUUUUGUAUGCUGAGCUGGGCUGAAAACAAUUCCUCUGUUAGCAUACCUUCAGAAAGCUGAAAUCUGUUGUAGAAAACCUCGAGAUGAAAGUGUUAAGGGAAGAAUUUUGUUUUCUGUCAUUAUGGAAUGCUUUUUUUUUUUUUUUAUAAUAAACGACUUAAAACUAUCCGUAAAGUUGUUAAGUUGUUAAGUUGUAAAUUAGGGCAACAUUGAGGAUGAAGUUGACAAAAGGAGGGCGCCUGAUUCAUGAUUAGUUCCAUUCGAGUUCUGUUAAGGUGUUUUUGAAUAAACCGCUAUAAGCUUUGCAUGGUA